CAAGCGCUCAGUGACCUCCAUCAGAGUACGAUGCUACUUGAUCGUUGUCCUCACUGGCGCUACUUACAAACGUUUGACUGUCGCGCCUCACGGUAUUUUACUUUGUACGUUUAAAGGAAUAGAGUUUUAAGUCCCGUAUGGUUUAUACAGUUUCAAUGGUUUUAUCUAGGAAAUUGUCCAGUGAUUAGUUCGCUGCCAAUGAGGCGGUUUUAGACUGUCUAGUGUUCUUCACUAGUCCCUGAAACCUCUACUAUUGUCAGCCGAAUCGAAAAGCAUCUGUUGGAUUGUGUCAGUGGUCCCAUCUGCAUAUUACACAAAUAAAUGUUAAAUGGAUAAACUUUCAGACUCACUUCAGCGUGAUAUCAACAAAUUACAAACCGAUUACCACAAAGCCAUUGAAAAAGAAUUAGGUAACCUGGAUAUUGCUUAUCUCCGCAAAAUACAGGCAAAUUACUUUCAAUGUGGUUUAAAGUGCUGUGAAGAUCCUGAUGCCUCUAUUACUGAAGUGCAGCAUUGCGUAGAAAGGUGCGAAGUCCCGUUAAGUAAAGCACAUGAAAUAAUGCAAUCUGAGGUCUCCUCGUUCCAGGCAAGAUUACAACUGUGUGCUUCUGAGUGCGCCAAUCAAGCGCGGGACAAGUUACCUUCAAAUGCAACUGAGUCACAGGUGAAGAAUGCUCAACGUGAAAUACUAGCAUGUUCCCAAAAAUGCGUGGACAAUCAACUAUCAAAGGGGCUUCCAGCCCUUAUUAUUCGACUAAAAGAUCAAUUGCAAAAGUUGAAGCAAAAUCAAAUUCAUAUCGCAAAUUAGUUUGUGUAAUAUAAGUAAUAAAACUAAAACCUUUUUAGCAAAUGAAUUGUAUAGACCAGUUUCUUCAUUUUUAAUGUCACAUACAAGUUUGGUACUCGUGG